CAUGUCUUGUCCACGAGGCGGCAGAGUGUCAGACUAAUGACCCGGAAACACAAUCACUUAGGGUCAUUUGGCAUCGCGCUUCCAACAUGGCGGUGAAUCUCACAGACCUCUCCCUGCCUCAAUUAGAGGGACUAAAAACCCAACUAGAUCAGGAGAUUGAGUUCUUGACGUCUUCAAUAGGUCAGCUCAAAGUUGUCCAGACAAAGUAUGUUGAAGCAAAAGAGAGUUUGAAUGUGCUGAACAAGAACAAUAAAGGAAAAGAACUGCUCGUGCCACUUACCAGCUCUAUGUACGUCCCGGGAUCCUUACACGACGUGGACAAUGUUUUAGUCGAUGUGGGGACAGGAUACUACGUCGAAAAGAAAGUGGAAGACUCAAAGGCAUUCUUCAAACGCAAAAUAGACUUCCUCACAAAGCAGAUAGAGAAAAUUCAGCCUGCCCUUCAGGAAAAACAUGCCAUGAAACAAGCUGUGAUUGAAGUAAUGAACGUGAAGAUCCAGCAACUACAACAGAGCCAGCAGUCGUCACAGAUGGUUGGGGCCACCAAGGCUUAAUGGGAACGCCUGUUUAAGUUUGUGUGCAAAAAACGUACAUGUUGUAGGACAAGAAAAUGCCCUCCAUUAAUCUAAUGAAGUCAUGUUAAAUACUGAAGAAUAAAGAAUUUCUUUUGUUUGUAUCUGAAAUAGAUGCACAAACCUUGUCACCAGUAAAUUAGAAGUCUAGUUUAAGGCUAUUGUCACGGCAAAGAGAUCAUAUGUCAGUGGGACAAUUUUUAAAUAAUUGAAUUGGGUGUCCAAUUAGUUUGCAUAAUUAAAGAGGUCACAUUUAAAGGUAAA